CCGGGCCCGACGUGUCCCCCGCGGCCGUCUCCUUCGCUCACCCUUUUCCCGGGUUCCCCCAGCCCUGCAUGGUACUCGAAGCUGCCCGAGUGGACGCCUGCACCUGUGGACAGCCAGGUCUAUGUGAAUCAGGGGGAGAACCUGCAGGUGCUGGGGGCGGGGCGGGGGCGGGGCUCCGUCGGGCCCCGCCCCUGCUGGCACCUGCUGUCCUCACCCCCAGGAAGCCUGAGCAGUGGGCCCAGAGCUGACCAUGCAGCUCACCCCCCAGCAGCUGCUGAUGGGGGCACAGCAGGCACCCCCAGGGCUGGGCCCCAUCCUGGAGGACCAGGCAAGGCCCUCGCAGAAUCUGCUCCAGCUCCGCCCACCGCAGCCCCAGCCUCAGGGCACCGUGGGGGCCUCUGGAGCCACGGGGCAGCCCCAGCCCCAGGGUACUUCCCAGACCCCCCCGGGGGCCCCCCAGGGUCCUCCUGGAGCAGCGCCCGGCCCGCCCCCUCCUGGACCCAUCCUCCGGGCCCGCGCCAGCCUUCCGGCUUCAAGUCAGAGGAGCAAGAGAAUUAUGGAAGAGAAGACAAUUUUAAUAAGUAAAUCUCUCUAUUUUUCGAUCUGUAUUUUUUCAAUCUUGAACUGCGCACCUAGGCCGCAGUGCCCUGCGUGUUUGUAUUCUGUCCAUGUGUUGGCCACCGUUCAGUAAA